GUCUUCUUAUGUCGGUAUUGGGUACCAGUUGAAUCUCCAGAAGGAGAAGAAACUGUAGAAGAUGAAGAACAAGUAGAAGAUGAUUUUCAAUGUGUUGUAUACUUUUGGCAAGGAAGGGAUGCUGGCAAUAUGGGAUGGUUAACAUUUACAUUUAGUUUACAGAAGAAGUUUGAAUCUUUGUUUGGUGAUAAAUUAGAAGUAGUUAGAACUCAUCAGCAACAAGAAAAUUUGAAGUUUCUAUCACAUUUUAAACGAAUGUUUAUAAUUCGUAAAGGAAAGCGUAAAAUUAAUGCUACUGCUCAAAAUUCUUCUGUAGAAUUUUUCCACAUACGUUCAAAUGGUAGUCAGAUUUGUACCAGAUGCAUUCAGAUUCAAACGGAUGCAUCAUUAUUAAAUUCAGAAUUUUGUUAUAUAUUAAAAGUGCCUUUUGAUCAAGAGAAUUCUGGAAUUGUUUAUGUUUGGAUUGGGCAAAAAGCAGAUGAAGAUGAAGCAAAAUUAGCUGAAGAACUUGCAAUGCAAAUGUAUGAUAGUGAAACUCACAGUAUUCAAAUAAUAAAUGAAGGAAAUGAACCAGAAAAUUUCUUUUGGGUGGGUCUUGGUGGAAAGAAGGAAUAUGAUAAGGAUGCAGAAUUCAUGCAAUACACACGCUUAUUCCGCUGUUCAAACGAAAAAGGCUAUUUCUCAAUUUCAGAAAAAUGCUCAGAUUUUUGUCAGGAUGAUUUAGCAGAUGACGAUAUAAUGAUUCUUGAUAAUGGAAAUCAAGUGUUUUUAUGGGUUGGCUCCAAAUGUAGUGAAGUGGAAAUCAAACUGGCAUAUAAAAGUGCACAGGUUUACGUACAAAAUCUUCGGGUCAAACAACCAGACCGUCCACGAAAAUUGAUGCUGACUCUAAAAGGAAAGGAAUCCAAAAGAUUUACAAAAUGUUUUCAUGGUUGGGGUAAUCACAGAACUACUGUAGAAUGAACUUUAGUAUCAUUUCUAAUGUAAAAUAAAUUUUGUUAAAUAUUGUUGCAAAAUUUUGGUGAUAUAAUUAUGUUUGAAACAUUUUGUGUCAUUAUUUUUGAAGCUGUGCUUCUAGAUUUAAAUCAUGUUCUGUUCAGAUGGAAAUGAUUGUCCCUUUUCUGUAUGAUCAUUAGUUCUUAUUAAGGUCACAAAAUUUCAAAUUUUAAUUCUUUGAUUUUUAAAAUUAUUUUUAAUAUAGGUUACAGGGACAAAAAAUUAGUAGUAGAUUAAUUUUUAAACUGUUAAUAUUUAUAUGUAGACAGAUUUUUCAUGGGAGGGAAUAUGUGAAUCUUGAAGCAAAUAUUUAGUUUAACUUUAUAAGCUAUAUAUAAUUGAAAAUCAAAACUUUUUAAAUAUAGCACUACAUUUCAAUAAUUAAAAAUAUUAAAUUAUAAUAAUCUCUUGAAAAUAAUAUUUGCUUCCAGAUUUGUAGAUAUUCAAUGCUAUAAAUUUUGUAAUCAAAAAAACAUUAUUUAUAUGAUCCCACUUUAUAAAUUUGUUUAUAUGUAUCAUUCAGUUCCUUUGUUAAAGUUGUUUUUCAUCCUUAUGAUAGUUUAUUGCUGUUUUUCUUUUUUUAAAAAAAUGCUUUUACUAAUUUAUUAUACUUUAUAUUGAAUUUCAUUUCUCAAAACUGAUUGUUAUGCUCAAGUUUUCCAUUUGAAGAUAAGAAUAGAGUACUGUAAUUCAAAACUUGUCUUUAGUUUUGAAAGAAAUUUAAAGGUGCUGUAAAAAUUAAGAAGUUUAGUUUUUAAUAUUGUAUUAUUAUUCAUUUCAGAUUGAUAAAUUGUAUAUUCUGUAAAUUACAAACUUUACUAAAAAAAUAAAUAAAUAAAUUAUGAGAUUUUAAUCUUGUUUUUAUUUAAACUAUACGUGGGGCUUCAAAAAGUUUGUGGAAAAAGUCUGUAACUAAAAAUUGUUUGGAAGAAUUUUGAUUUCAAUGCACCUGAACAUUCUUGUAUCAACGUGUUAUAACAUGUUCAAACAUGAACCCUUAAAUGCAGGUAAGAACACAGUGCCACCAGUUGAAAGUCAGGCACCAUUCAAGCAACAUGGAAUCCACAAAAUCAAGACCAGAACAAACAAAGUUUAUGGUAAAACUUGGUUGGAAGAAUAGGCAAAUCAUUGAUGCUCUGGAACAAAUUUAUGGUGAUAAUGCUCCAAAGAAGUCAACAACCUACAAAUGGAUAAGUCACUGAAAGGUACGAAUUUUCCGCCAGUUGAAGAUGUAAAAAGAGCUGCUCUGACAUGGUUCAGAUCACAAGACCCUCAGUUCUACCCAGACGGAAUUAAAGGCUGGUGUCAAUGUUUGCAGAAGUGUAUCGACCUUAAUAGAGCAUAUGUUGAAAAAUAAACAUCAUAACUGAAAUCGUUUUUUUUCAUACUAUCCUUUUUCCACGAACUUUUUGAAACCACCUCAUAUAAUUUGAUAUAUAAAAUUAAUUCAUUUUCAGUAUCAAUUGAAAAUUACUUUAAA